AUGAACCAGUCUGAAAUAGAAUAUGCAAAAACAAUUAUCUUAAAUGGACACAUAAUUGGAGAAGAAAGAUGUACAACUACUAGAAUUGAAGAAGAGAGCCUGGUAAAUAAGAAACUGAGAAUUACUAGUGGAGAAUCUGCAAUGUUGGUAUCUGUUGAACUUUCAUACAAAAAAGAUGAAAUACUCACAAUCAAUACACCAAAGAGCAUCAAAAUCAACAGAUUUGAUUGUUACUUCAGGAAAUUGGAAGAUCUCUUAACACAAAUUAAUUGUCAUUGUAUGAUUGAUGUGACUGUUGAAAUGGAUUCAGGCAACUUGACUAAGAUGUUCUACAUUGGUUUAACCAAGUUGUUCAAAAGCACAACAACUAUUGAUUUCACCAAAGAAGCUUUCUGUUACAACACCAAAAAGCAUAUCAAACCAACACCAAUUCCAAUAUCAUUUGAUCUUCCUGAUAUUGCGAUUUUUGGGGUAUUCAUCAAACAAGAUGGCACAUUUAUCAUUCUAGACAAUUUACAUAUAACAGAAGAGACAUCUUGUGAUGUAUUGGCCACCGUUUUCAACACCAAUGGAGUUACACAAACCAGCCUAUGCUGUAAUAGUCCAGUCCAAUAUGAUAUUAUUGAUUCAAUACUCAUUAAACUGAUUUAA